AUGACCGUCAACGCUCUGAAGAUCGUGGCCCGCUUGCCCGCUGGCAUCCGUGCAGCUGGAGUCGAUAACGCGGCCGUUGUCAAGCUCGGCGACGAGAACCAGGGCGCUCUGCUCACCAACUCCGAUGUUUUCCCUGGGCCCGGCGCAUUUGCCCUCGUCUCCCUUUUCUUUGAGGAGGACAGCAACAAGAAGGUCACUCUUCGUGGUCCCGUCGGUGCUCAACAAACCGUGGAACUGGCCUCCGGCCAGGGUGGGGACUUUGCCUACGAGUUCCAGGCUAAGCAGCACAAGGUCUUUGAGGAUGAGGCUGAAUUUGAGGGCUUCUGGAAGGGUCUUUUAAGGUUUUCCAGGGUCAGGUGGGAAGUGGUCGAGCUGUCUGAAAGUACUGAGGCCGAGUACAAGGCUGCGGAGGACAAGGCGAUUGCGGCGGCAAAUGUUAAGGAGACCAACGGUGUUAAUCUCCAUGAGGAGCUCACCCCGGCAGACGCUCCAGACUCGAGCGAGCGGCCAGCUGGCUUCUUCCAACCUUUCAGCGAAGGGUUCCUCCAUGAUCUACGGAAAAUGAAGAAACGGACAGUGAAGUGGAACUACGAACAGCUCCCAGACAAUCAUACCUACAAGCAGGUAUAUUGGAGGGAGCUAGAACUAAGAAGGUUGAACGCCAUCCAACACGAAAAAAACCGCCAAGCCAAUUUGGCAAGAGCUCAACAACGGACGGCUGCUGCAGCGACAAACGAACUCAAGCGCAAGCGGGAGGACAAGGUUGCUGCACCCGAAGGAACUGCACCUGCGCAAACCGAGGAGUCCAGUCCGGCCAAGAAGGCGCGUAAACCGAAAUCGAAGUAG